AUGGAAAGCGUUCUCGGUCUGAGAGAACCUCUGUCAACAUUGACAUCACGGAAGUUCCGCGAAGCAUACAAAAGGAAGGAUCUAGUGUUCUCAGAGACAUUACUCGCUACUAUUAGAAGUCAGAAAGGGGUCCCCUUUCAACUCCGAUACUGUCCAGCCCUGGCCAAGAAGCCAGCAACAACGACGACCAAGACACAAAAGGACUCGACAGAAAAGGAGAAACAACCCAAAAAGCCCAAGUUCAAUCCAUUCGCAAAUCCAGCCUCUGAGCUUCUGAUCGCGGAAAUCCUCAACAAGGGCGAGGCAUCACACAACUUGGUUCUCAACAAAUAUCCCGUCAUCCACAACCACUUCAUCAUUUCCACCAAAGCAAACAAACCUCAAACCGCCGUGCUGGAAGAGGACGACCUGAUCAUGACCUAUGCUUGCCUCCGCGCCUGGACCGAACAGCAAGAGACCGCGACUCAAACCCCCAGAGGAAGGCUGUUCUCCUUCUUCAACUCCGGCGAGCACAGCGGCGCCAGCCAGGCACAUCGACACCUGCAAUUCCUGCCCGUGGAGGACAUGGCGUCCUCGGACGACGAGAAGAACGGCUUCGAGCUCCUCAUCGACCGCAUGACUGCAUCAGCCCAUCCGACACUACCACUAUAUCAAGACAAGUCCCUUCCCAUCCUCCACUUCGCAACUCCACUCCAACCGUCCUUGUCCGCAGCAGAGCUGCAUUCCAGAUACAUGCUGCUCCUCCGAGCCGCACUCGCGUCGUCUCGGCACCCGGGCCGAGCAUUCUCCAACGACGACAAGGCGAUCAACAUAGAAUCCAACGGCAGCACGGUAUUCAGCUACAACCUGGCGAUGACGACGGAGAGGAUGGCAAUCUGCCCGCGCAGGCAGGAGGGCACGAGUAUACCGGGCGCCGGGCCCGACAGCUUCGUCGCGAUCAACGGGACGAUCCUCGGCGGCACGUUGAUGGUCAAGGACGAGGGAGAAUGGGACGUCCUGACGCAGAGGCAGGAAGACGACUCGUCAGCCAUCCUCGACGGACUGCUGUCUUCGCUCGGCUACCCGUUGGUUUCUUGGCCGGCCUCCGAAGAAGUGAGCGCUGCGCUGUAG